AUGCAGCCAAUGCAUAUCAUAUUAUUUGUAUUUUUAUGUUCAUUUGUUAAUGCUUCUUCCAAUGUGAGAGAUUUUUUCAGAUUGCAUAAAUAUUCCAAUGAUACGAUACCGACAACGACUCGCUCAUCUUCUUCCUCUCUUUCUUCUUUCCUUUCUACUCAAUACCAUCAUCAUACUCAUUCUUCAAUUACUUUAAAUACAGAGUUUGUAUCAUAUUCAUAUAUUGAAUCUGAUACCACAGAUAAUUAUGGUAGUAGUUUCCAUAGCGAUAGCAAUAGUGCCAGUAAUGAUUACAUUAGUGAUGAGAUGAAUAAUAGUAAUGGUUUGGAAUACACUGAUGAAAUCUUUCCCAUGUAUACAGAUUCAUUCAAUACUAUAUCAAGCAUCUUUCCAGCUGCUUCAAUGACAGUAACAAUAAGUUUAGCUUAUCAAACUCCUGUAACAACCACUACUAGUUCAAGUGAUUAUUUUCAAGAAAGCACUUUUGUCUAUAGUUACAGUAACAUCCAACCCGCUGAUGAAAUUUCUAUUUGGUCAUCCGAGCUUAUUCUAUCGACAAUUACAAUUGGCAGUGAUACAUUCACUACAACUGCUGAUAUAUUGUCGAAUACAGACCAAUCAUCAAUAUAUGAUUCUAGAACCAGUUCUCUUCCAAAAAGUAAUUCAUAUUUAACCUCUUCUUCAACAACAACUUUUGACACCAAACUUCUAACAACUAACAACUAUGUAUCAUCACUAACAACAACAAACAUACCAACUACUAGCACUUCAUCAUUAUCAUCGUCUUCUUCUACAUUAAACUUUAAUUUGAAUUCUCAAACUAGUUUAUCUAGUCAGAUAAGCACUUCACAUUCUUUCAAUAUUGGAAUUUCAUCUUCUUUUGUGGAAUCUUCAAUCUUUCAAAAAACGAUUCUUCCACCAACAAUUGUUACAUCUACUACAUCACCUGUAUCCAUGUCUACAUCUGAAUCACUAAGUUAUAAAAAGUCAACCGAACUCUCUCCUAGUACUCUUCACUCUUUUCCAACAUCGACUAUAUCGACAUCUGCUGGCCUCAUUUUUCCAAACACAAUUUCAAAAUAUCCUACCCAUAUAGCUUCUUCUAUUGUCAUCCCCACUUCUGCUUCAUCUUCCUCCUCCUCUUCAUCAACUUCCAGCGUUAUUAUUUCUACUCCGCCAGAAUCUGUAUCCACUCCUUUAAUUGUAAUUUCUUCGCUUUCUGUGGCUACCUUACCACCCCCUUCAAGUAUCAUAGUAUCUCCAUAUUCAACAAUACCUAUUACAACAUCCUCAACAGCUCCACCUAUACCAUCUUCUAAGGAACAAGUAGGGAGUGAUAAUGUUCAAACGCAAUCAACCUCUUUCCCUCCUAAUACCAUCUCUGUUGUUACUUCCCAACCAUUAUUAACCGAAACAACCACAAGCUUCUCCACUCCAACUGCAUACUCAUCUGCCCUAUUUAUAUCACAGUCACCUACAUCUACUUCAUCUUCUAAAAAUGUAGUGACAUUCGACCCCUUUGCAACAUAUACUACCACAACAACAAUUUCCUUUUCUGGCUUAUCAUUAUUCGAGCAUACAACAGCUUCUUCUACAUCAUUAACAUCAACCAUUAUCUCUGUUCAUUCAAGCUCUAAAGCAUCUACAGCUAUCUCAACAACAACAUCAUCUACUUCUUUUUCUAUUUCCUCUAUUAUAUCUCCUCAACAACCAAUCUCCGUAACAUCCACAUCAGUUAUCAGUUCUACCACUUCCACAUCUCCAAAAUUUACUUCUAGUACUACUAUUAGUGUCUUAGUUAUUUCAAGUAAAAUAUCUGUAGGUAACAAUAUUUCCACUACUGUUUUAAUAGGUUCGACGAAACAUGUUUCUGUAUCAACAACUUUAAACCAAACUCCCGCAGCUACUGCGUCGAGUAAAACUAUAAUAAGUAUGACUCGCGCAUCUGUUUUAAUGUCUACUGGAACCAUUACAGCUUCUACGACGACCUCUUACUCUUAUUCUACUAACAAUCCAAACUGGUGGGUUCCAACUGAAAUUAUAACGGAUUCAGGAAAUUCAACUUUGGUCACGGAAACGAAUUAUGCAUCUCAAACGGCCAAUCUACCUAAGAUGAUUACCUCAUCUGAUACCAAUGAGGAACCUGCUGAAGGAUAUACAUUAAUCACUAUAGGGUUCAAAAAAGCAUUAAAUUAUCAAUUUGUUAUUUCAAAUCCGCAAUCUUCAGUUCAGAUUAUAUCUUUUCUACCUGAAGUUUUAAAUAACCCUUUUAAUAAUAAUUUAACUGAUAUAGUUGUCUCGAGACUUGUGCCAUUACAGGAUAACUCAAUCCCCUACUUAGUUACUGUUGCUGAAUGUUAUUUCCCGGAGAGUUUAAUAUCAAGUCUAAGUAGUAUGCUUAAAGACUCGUCCAGUCCUUUAUACACAAGAAAAGCUUCCAAAAAUAUCAUUAAUACUUUAGCUCAGUUAAUCGAUCCUUCAAUUCCUAUCACCGGUUUGAUCUAUAGUUCAAAUAAUUUAAAUACGUCUUCAGACAAUGAUUCUGCUACUAGUGAUAAUAAUAAUCCUAAGCCACCAAAUGAUAGUGAUAAUGGUAGUAACGAUCAAAAUAAUAAUGGAAACAAUAGUAUUAAUUUAAAUUUUGCCAAUACUGGUACUCUAGAUGGGUCUGACCUAGACAGUAUGGCAUAUAAUAAUAAAAAUAUCAAUAGAUCAGAUUCAUCAAGUACAGCAACAAAGAACAAAAUCACUGGUAUUGUUGUUGGUGUAGUAGUUGGUUCAGCAGUCUACAUCGUGACAGUAGGGUUCCUAGUAAGGCACAUCAUUAAUAGGUAUAAGAAACAGAGUAUAAUUAAACAUACUCCAGAUGAAACCUUCAGUAUAAGUUCUAAUGAAUCAUCUAUAAAUGAUGAAAAAUAUAGUCACCACUCAUCUACUAACCAUAAUUUUAAUGGCAACACCUUCUUAAGUGAAGAAUUUGGUAUUGGAAUCAAUGCUAAAAGAGGUAAUAGUGUAAAAUUAAAAAUUUCCAAACCUAUUGCAAGUCAAAAUUCAUUAGGUUUCUAA